AUGGUGUGGAAUUGUCGUGGUCCCGCUGUUGGUGGUGGUGUUCACGAUGUUGGUGUGAGUGAUGGUGUUGGUGGUAGUGGUGUAGGCGUUGGUGACUGUGGCGAUUGUGGUUACUUUGGUGGUGUUGGUAAUGCACUGUUCCACUUAUUGUUGGACGUGAACGUGUUUUAUCUAAUCCCAGUUUCCCUGUGUACAUCUCAGAAAACUCGACCAACCAUGGCACAACCUAUGUAUUGUCGUUCAUCAGCUCUCGCAAUGUACAUGGAAGUAUCACUUGGAGGCGGUCAUGCUAAAUGA